UCGGACAUUUGAAAAACUGGCCCGUGCCCCAAUUUCGACGAGGGGUCUGGAUCCACUGUGGGGUAGUUAUCACCGGGCCGGGGUGGGUUAAUACCGUCACCUAUCUAGAUGCUGCCCCGCCUUACCGUAUCCUUCAGCGCAAGCCUUACUGCUUCCAUCUUUGUCUUGAAUGCCUUCUCAAGAAUUGAAUACCUGAACAAGCCGUCGAGUCCACUGAGCACAGAUCGAGUUAGUGGAUUGGAACCAAUAAAUCACUCAGACGGUCAAAAUCAGCUGCUGCCUUGAACUGGGAGCUCUGUGCGUCGCAAGAGAACCCCCCCCAUUCAUGACCGUGCGCGCUUGCUUCCACCCAUUUGUUCUCCAACUUUCAUCGCACAAAGAAGGUGUUGUUGGGUUGGGGGAGUGAGGAAAGAAGCUCAAGGCAAACUCUGUUGCAUCAAAUACCUUACCUGAUUUGUCUUUGCUUCCAUUGUAUGCAAAGACGUCUUUAAAGAAACUCUCAAGCUGCAGGUUACCUUAGCUAGGUACCUGCCUACCUACCUUACCUUAACUUACCUACAGUACAUACACCCACAGCCAGCCACGUCAUAUUGCUGCCGUCCAGUGCACAAACACUUUCUUUCACUCUUUCACUUGAUUGAUUCCCUCUAGGACCUGCAUUCAACCCCACCCCAACCCGACCCUGAUUUUCCAUCUCCAGGAGCACCCGACUCCGAUUGCGACUGGUCGUGUUUCUCAUCUAUCUCCCACGCGACGUCUCUGCGCAUCAACCCAGUCUAUCGUAGCAUCUAUUCGAUCAAACCCAUCUUCACCCGCCUGCUUCAAGAGUACGGGUAUUUCCCACCAAAUACGGAGUCGGCCUGAUUUUGCUUGCUUGGCAAUUCAGUGCCACAGAACUCCAACAACCCAGCCAAGAUGGCCGACCAAAGCAUCAUUCGCAUCACAAAGGAACUGAGCGAGAUCCAAAAGAACUCGGAUCUCUCCCUCGCUGUUGCAUGCCGUGAUGUUGACGUACGGAACGUCAAGGCACUUAUUAUUGGUCCUCACGAGACACCGUACGAGUUUGGAUUUUUCGAGUUCAUGUUCCGGUUUCCCAAGGACUAUCCUAGAAAGUCUCCUUCAGUGACCGCCGUCACCACGAACAGCGGCCGAACUCGAUUCAACCCAAACAUAUAUGCCGGCGGCAAGGUCUGCCUUUCCAUCCUUGGCACAUGGCGUGGUGAGCGCGGCGAGGAAUGGUCGGCUGCGCAAGGCCUUGAAUCGAUCCUCAUCUCGAUCCAGAGUUUGAUGUCAUCAAACCCUUAUGAGAAUGAACCGGGUUUCGAGGAUGCCAAUGAGGCUUCCGAUAAGAAGAACCAGGCGCGUUACAUUCAAAAGAUUCGACACGAGACACUUCGAAUUAGUGUUAUCCAGAGGAUGGAGGAGUACCUUGGGAUCCAGGCCGACGGAACUCUACAACCACCGCCACAGGUCGAGCCAGAAGACUAUGAUCUUAUUGACUCGGACACUGUCGAAGACGUACCGUUUGAACCGUUUAAGGACCUUUGCAAACGUCGAUUCCUAUGGUACUACGACUCGUAUCUCCAAAGCAUCCAAAAGGCAAAGGCGGAGAACAAGGAUGGUCAGGCUUUUACCAGAAUGCCAUUCGAAGGCCAUAACAACAGCAUGGAGGGCAAGUUCAACUACUCAGAUCUGGAACGCAGAUUACAAAACAUCAAGACGGCUCUCGAGACGGAGGUUAGCGGCUGGGCAGAUGAGGGCUUGACACCAAAAGCUAAGGACUCGACAGUGGCCGUGAUGCUAGGACGGCAGUACGAGCAAGUGGUCGAGUACUUUAAGCGCAACGAUAUUAUGCACAACCUGGAGUUGGAGAACAAAAGUCCCUUUGUCUGGGUGCUGACGUACUUUGGUCGGCCGAUGACGAACCUGGAUGGAGGUCUUUUCCGCGUCACAUUCAGGAUCAGUCCACGAUACCCCGAUGAGCAGCCUCGUGUCAAGUGCGAAACGCGCCUUUUCCACCACAGGAUUGCGAUGGACGGAACAAUCUGCUAUACUGUGCCUAUGGCCCGUAGGGAGGACAUCAAGUCGCACAUUGAAGCCGUCAUUGAUGCCUUGGAGGAAGAGGAGCCAGCUUACGACCCUAGGACAUUGGUCAACCCAGAAGCACACAAGUUGUAUUGGGGGACAGCGGAUGACCGAAAGAUGUACAACCGACGACUUCGCAGAACGGUUCAGCAAUCAAUGGAGUAA